CGUAGAGAUCUCGUAACUAAUUGGUUAAUGCAUUGCUGACAGCGCUAACGACAAACACGAAGGGGACAAUGGAUCUACUAUCUAGGCUGCAAUGAGGGAAUCGGUUUUGAGGCAUUUUGUGCUGCUGGACAGAUAUGAUCGUACCCUACUGUGCUAACUAACACUGGGCCACUAUGUAUGGAUGUACGAUAAAGUGUCCUUACGGCGAAGAAGACCUAGAAUUCAUUCGAGCUUGUUAAGUCGACCUAGGGAGACAGGAUCCUGCACUUGCCAGGAGAAAGGUGUGCAGCCAAGCCGUCAUUUCUGGCAUGGAUAACCCCCGCGUCAAAGUUUGCCUUGACGCGUCAGGGUCAAGAGGUACAUGUCAUUUGAGGGUUGUAUUGAGCUCACUCCAUCUGUACAUACAUACAUACCCAACCGGGGUUCCCCGUCGAGUGCAAGGCAAGGCAACCAGAAUGGGAACUCGGGGGUUCAAAUGUUCGAGGCUCAGCCCACACUGGCCCCUUGCCGGGCUUCCAGGCUCGUACUGUUGGGUUUGCCUGGCACGCAAUCGGCCGAGCGCCGACGGCAAUGGCACGACGAUUGCAUCCACAGCUCAAGGUCUGUGCAAGCAAUGUCAUGGCCGGGAUAAUAAACAGGAAGAAGAACGAGACAGUGGAGUUGUUAUAAAGAGAAAGCAUUGGGUAUCUGCUGGCAAAGUAGAAUUUGCAAAAUAUCCGCCAGAGGUAGGAAAUGCAGAAUCAGACAAUUGUAAACACUGGUACGAGUCGGAGAGAAAAGAGGCAACCAGGGUUGGAAUCAGAUCAUGAAGGCGCUGCGCUAUCCUGAAAAUCUCUUUUCCGGAUGAAACAUCAUGUUCGAAGCAAGACAGCUAGAACCAGAUCGAAGGGGAAAAAAAAAAGAGGAGACGCCCUGUAGCGUCAGAAGGAAAGGGUAAAAUGAUGUGAGAGGUGAUUCGUGGAUGAGCUCAUGCAUCAACAGACACGGUCGUCC